AUGUCUGAGCCCCGGCCCCUCACGCACGAGCAGUACGCCAAGCGGCUCCACGAAAUCGUCUACCCGCGCUUGCCGGACGACAUUGACCAGCGGGCGAUUGUCGUGGCCUGGCUCUCGUGGCUGCAGCAGCGCGAGCCCUACGACACGUUCUUGCAACUCGGUAGUCAGCGCCAACAGCACUUCUUUGCCGUCGUCGGCGGGGUGUCGUUCGACAAUGUCCCGCUCAUCCUCCCGACGGCCGACCAGCUGUUUCACCAUGCCGCUCAAACCUUCACUCGCCAGCAGGAGGCGCUGCGACACGUGCAAGUUCACGCCGUCGAGCGGUCGAGGGCGGCACACGAGCCGGCUGCGAGGAGCACUUCCUCGCCUAGCGCCCCCGCCUCUCCACCGUCCGUCUUCCAGGAAGGCCAGCCUUUUGCCGCCCCUCCCCGCCCGCAGCUGCCGCCUGGACCCAUCGACACGAUCACGAACAACGCCCUGUACGACAUCAAUCCUCUCGCGCGCCGUCCGACCAACCGCCCGCCGCGGCACAACCCGAUCCCGCCGCCACCGAACGAGCCCUGA